GGCAUCAUAUUUAUCUCUGUCAGUCACAGCAUCACCUUGAUUGGAAAAGUGUGGCUUGUUGUGAUGAUCUUCCUCCGUAUCCUGGUCCUCCUCCUUGCGGGUUAUCCUCUCUACCAGGAUGAGCAGGAGAGAUUUGUAUGUAACACAAUUCAGCCCGGCUGCACCAACAUGUGCUUCGAUCUUUUUUCUCCCGUCUCGCUCUUCCGUUUUUGGCUGGUGCAGUUCGUCACCCUGAGCCUCCCGUUCAUCAUCUUUGUUGCCUAUGUGGUCCACAAGGUGUCAAAUAUCCUCUCAGUGGCCCUGAACGCCACGGGUCAUGCAGAAGCUUCUCACCUGUUUAACAAGACUAGUUUGAACAAGGUGGCUCUGGCGAUUGAGCAUCGAGGGGGGCCACAGUGCUUCACAGGAGCUUAUUUCCUUCACCUGCUUUUCAGGACUUUGCUGGAGGUAGGGUUUGGGGCAGCUCACUACUACCUGUUUGGUUUUUAUGUCCCUACAAGGUUUCUGUGCCAGCAGGCUCCAUGCACCACCCAGGUGGACUGCUAUGUCUCCAGGCCCACAGAGAAGACGGUGAUGCUCAACUUCAUGCUCGCCAUGGCCACUCUGUCUCUUUUCCUCAACGUUGUGGAUCUUAUGUGUACCAUCAAACACUCUGUGAGGCAGAAGACCCACAGGAAGAUCAUGGUGGAGAAAAUAUUUGAGGAAGAGCAGCACUUCCUUUCAGCUGAGGUGGCCUCGGCAGGGACAGAUCCAAACACAGCACCUGCUCAAAAAGAUGGAGGUGAACAGCCUGGGAAAACUGGGAGCUUCAGAAAGAGGCGUGGCAGCAGUUGUUCUUGCGAAGGAGGAAAACUUUGUUCAGAUCAGGAGGCACCGUCCCACCUGUGCUCUCUUGGACCUACAAGCUGCAACAAGAAUGAUGACUACUCCCAAGAGGAUGUUCUGGAGAGGAAUGGCAGUGAGGUGGCUCUCUGUCCCCCAGAGCAAAUUGGAACUCCAAGAUCAAUACGAAUCAACAAACGCAGCAGACUAAAACCUCCACCUCCACCCAGACGGGAAACUGGAUUAUCCUCUGGAGAGUCAGGACCUCAAGUUGGGAGUUUCUCCACAGCAACAGCAGUCUGUAGCAGGAGGGUGGGUCAGUGUACGCUGGUAGAGCUGAGUGUAGCUCCAGAGCGGGGUAAUGAUGAUGGGCAGGAGAAAAGAUCAGAGUGGGUGUGA